UCUCCCUCCCGCUCCGUCCGAUCACCUAGGGUUUUCGCGCGGCCGCGCCUUCGACUCCCCGAGCGACCACCAUGGAGUUCUGGGGUGUGGAAGUGAAGCCGGGACAGACUGUUUAUUGCGACGCCAAUAAAGAGCAUGUUAUUCAUUUCUCACAGGUUGCCCUGGGUGAAACAGAGAAAGGAAGUGUCAGCACACUUGUAACUGGUAAAAUUGGUGAUCAGAAGGUGGUCAUUGGAACUCUGUCGGCUGAAAGUCACCCUCAGAUUCCUUAUGAUUUGAUCUUUGAGAAACGGUUUGAGCUAUCACACAGUUCAAAGACUGCCAGCGUGUUUGCGUGUGGUUAUAAGGUUCGCAUGCCUAUCUGCGAGUCUGAUUCUAGCGAAGAUGAAGAUGAAGUGGAAACUGUAAACAAUCGAGUUAUCAAUCCUAUUGUUGACAAUGUGGUAAAGCUUCCGACUCCUACAACAAAGGAUGAUAAAAAGGUUGCGGAUAACCCUGACAGUGAUGAGGAUGAUAGUGAUACUUGUACAGAUUCAGAUGAUUACGACCCGACCGAUGAUGAGUACGGUAGCUCAGGUGAUGAUACCGAUUCUGAAGAGGAUGGUACCGGUAGAGAAGAGAUGGAUACCAGUAGCGAAGAGGAUUCAACUGACGAGGAGGACAAAGACAGUACUAAGCCUUGUGCACUACAGCCUGAGGAUGGCAAGGAGACGGUGGCCGAAACUGCCUUGAAGAUAGCUGCUUCUGAGGAUACCAGUAACAAAGAGGAUUCGAAUGAUGAGGAAGACAAAAACACUCACAAGCCUGAGGGUGGCAACAAGAGGGCGGCCGAAACUGAAUUGAAGGCGCCCGCUUCUGACAAGAAGGCUAAGAUUGAAACACCAUCUGGCCAGGACACAGAUGACAAGAAGGCUGUUCAUGUGGCUACUCCCCACCCAGCAAAGCAGGCCGGCAAGCAAAAUGGCAAGUCCACCAAAUAUGUUGGCGGCUCCCACGCCUGCAAGUCGUGCAGCAGGACUUUCGGCAGUGAUUCGGCGCUCAAGUCCCAUGAGAAGGCCAAGCACGCUUGAGCUGCUACUGGUGACAAGAUGUUGCUGCUGCUGAUGCUCCGUCUCCCAACUUCUAUACUCUGAUCAGCCUUAGAUUAGUCUUUUGGUCCUCUCCUAGAAGCUUGAAGUUGGAAAGUUUUGCCUAUGGUGUUGGCUCUUUCAUACAUACCCAGUUUUCUGCCGUUGGUUGUCGUUCAUAUUUUUUUUGGCGAAUCUGUUAGUUAGUGAGAUGUGAUUAAUAUUGCGGAAAGAUAUUAAUUGGAUGUUGAUAUAUGGUAAACCUGGAACUUGGAAAGCCAUGUUUUUGA